AUGAAUUAAGAAGAAUAAGAAAUUUAGGAAAAUAAGAUUGAAGAUAUUAGAAAUAAUGAAGAAUUUUAACAAUUCUGUGAUCAUGUCUAACAAAUUCAAGAAAACCUAAAUGAAUAUAUAACAAAAUAAGCAGGAAAUUAGGGCGAAGAAAACUAAAGGCUUCAUUUAUAACUCUAGGAGAACUUUGAACUAAUAAAAUAGAAAAUAGCUGCUCUGAGAAGAUCUGAAGUAAUUGAAGAUUAAGAGGAAUUAAAAAAAAUGAUAGAUGAAGUGACAAAAAUAGUUUAAUAGACAAAUGAACCAUUCCAAUAAAUUUGUAAUUAAUACCUUUACAUAUAGAAUAUGAAGGAGAUGAUUUUAAUGGAUUAGAAUUAGAAUUUACCCAACCAAGAAGAAUUAAGGGACUAAAAAAUGCUCAGGAAAGAAAAUAAGAAAGGAAAAGAGCUAGAAUAUAAAAAUCUAAACAAGCAUUCUAAAUAUUUAAAAAAUACAUCAUUGUUUCUUUGAUAGCAUUUUAAAAGUUUAUAAAAGACCCAGAAAACAUAGCCAAAUUAUUUGUGAUAGCCGUGAGUUGUUUUUUUGUGAGUUCCUUUUUACAGAUCCCUGACAUGAGCAAAAGACAUAGCUUAUAUAUACUUGAAUGGUUAGCCUACAAUAGAUGUGCUAGAGUUGUUUUAAUAAGCGGGUCAUUUUGUUUUGUAUCAUUAACAUGGUACAUCAUUCUAUUGAUAUGGAUUGGAUUUAUGGGAUUGAAUGAGACCAAGGGAAAACUGAAUACGCUUAUCCAUGAGUGCAACCCAAUACUAUAAUUAACAUUAAUAUUUAUGACUGAUAAUGACUUGAUAAACAAUAAAUUGGAUCUAGCCAUUUGGUUUUGUUACAUAUUUCAAUACUCUACUUAUAGAGUAUAUUAUAUACAUUCGGUAAACAUCAUUAAAAAGAUAUUGUCCACACUAACAUCGCAGAACUUCAAUAGAGUGUAUCAAUUUUAAUAGAUAUACAUCUUUUCUUUAAUAAUAUUAGCAAUGAACUUCCUGAUUACAUUUUUUGGUAUUUUGAUGCUCCAUAAAGUUGGUAUUUACGCCCUAAGCUUAUUAUUCUACGGAGGAGUUCAAACUUUCAUUGAGUAUUCUCAAUUAAUAUUGAUUUGUAAGAAAUUACAAUAAAAAUAUACUUACUUUAUAAACAACAACAUAGAAUAAUUAACAGAACCUUAAUUUUAUUAAGAACUAAUUCCAGACAUUCUUUAUUAAAUAGUAAAAUUGCUAAAUUGUUCAUAAUUGAUAGUUAACUAUUUUAGGACAAUAAACUUUCAUAUAUUUUUACAUCUUUGGCUUUUCUAAAUAUUUUCAGAUUUACAAAGUAUAUAAUUAAUAUACUUUUAGGUUCAUUGUCAUCCCUCAAAAAGAAUAUAGACUAGUUAAUAAAAUAUAAAAGAAUCCAGCAACAUUUAGAUUCCUUGUUUCCAAGGGUUUUGGAUAUUCAAGAGGAUGAAAUAUGCAUAAUAUGUCAUGAAGAAUUGAUCUUAGCUAGAUCUUUGCCUUGCCAACAUAAAUUCCAUUUAAAAUGUUUGUUUGGAUGGUUGAAAGCUCAAUAACAAUGCCCAAUCUGCAGAGCAGAGGUUCCAAUUGAAUUAGAAUAGCCAUAAUAGAUCUUGAGCAGGAUAUUUAGUUUCUUAACAUAAUUUAAUAUUUCAAACUUCACAUUCUUAUUCUACGUCAAUAGUGGAAGACAGUAAGACUUUUAAUUGACAGAAUGGGAGGAACAGGCUUUGUUAGGAUAGUAAUUAUUACAAUAACAGCAACAAUUACGAUAAUAAUAAAGAGACUAAGAACAAAUGUAAUAAUUACAAUAGGAAAGGUAAUAACUAUAAUAAUAACUACAACAAUAAUAGUAGAUUUUUCAGUAAUAAUAAAUCUUACUUUAAUAAUAGCAAUAUUAGCAGCAAUAAUAAUAAACUUAAGAAAUUAGUGAGAAUCCUGAAAAAAUUAUAAAAUAAAAUCCAGUUUAGGAGUCAAGAGAAGAUAAAUAAUUUAUUUAGGAUGGCGUUGAAAAUAAAGAACCAGUAGUUUAAUAUAAUUAGGAGUAGGAAGAAAAGGACAAAGAAAAAGUAGAUUAAGAAGAAGGAGAGUAACAAUUAGAGUAAGUGAGUGAUUAAGAUAAAGAGUAAGAAGGAGAUUAAGAUAAAGAGGAAAAAGGAGAUUAAGAUAAAGAGUAAGAAGGUGAUUAAGAUAAAGAGUAAAAAGGAGAUUAAGGUAAGGAGUAAAAAGGAGAUUAAGAUAAAGAGUAAGANUAUAUUAUAUACAUUCGGUAAACAUCAUUAAAAAGAUAUUGUCCACACUAACAUCGCAGAACUUCAAUAGAGUGUAUCAAUUUUAAUAGAUAUACAUCUUUUCUUUAAUAAUAUUAGCAAUGAACUUCCUGAUUACAUUUUUUGGUAUUUUGAUGCUCCAUAAAGUUGGUAUUUACGCCCUAAGCUUAUUAUUCUACGGAGGAGUUCAAACUUUCAUUGAGUAUUCUCAAUUAAUAUUGAUUUGUAAGAAAUUACAAUAAAAAUAUACUUACUUUAUAAACAACAACAUAGAAUAAUUAACAGAACCUUAAUUUUAUUAAGAACUAAUUCCAGACAUUCUUUAUUAAAUAGUAAAAUUGCUAAAUUGUUCAUAAUUGAUAGUUAACUAUUUUAGGACAAUAAACUUUCAUAUAUUUUUACAUCUUUGGCUUUUCUAAAUAUUUUCAGAUUUACAAAGUAUAUAAUUAAUAUACUUUUAGGUUCAUUGUCAUCCCUCAAAAAGAAUAUAGACUAGUUAAUAAAAUAUAAAAGAAUCCAGCAACAUUUAGAUUCCUUGUUUCCAAGGGUUUUGGAUAUUCAAGAGGAUGAAAUAUGCAUAAUAUGUCAUGAAGAAUUGAUCUUAGCUAGAUCUUUGCCUUGCCAACAUAAAUUCCAUUUAAAAUGUUUGUUUGGAUGGUUGAAAGCUCAAUAACAAUGCCCAAUCUGCAGAGCAGAGGUUCCAAUUGAAUUAGAAUAGCCAUAAUAGAUCUUGAGCAGGAUAUUUAGUUUCUUAACAUAAUUUAAUAUUUCAAACUUCACAUUCUUAUUCUACGUCAAUAGUGGAAGACAGUAAGACUUUUAAUUGACAGAAUGGGAGGAACAGGCUUUGUUAGGAUAGUAAUUAUUACAAUAACAGCAACAAUUACGAUAAUAAUAAAGAGACUAAGAACAAAUGUAAUAAUUACAAUAGGAAAGGUAAUAACUAUAAUAAUAACUACAACAAUAAUAGUAGAUUUUUCAGUAAUAAUAAAUCUUACUUUAAUAAUAGCAAUAUUAGCAGCAAUAAUAAUAAACUUAAGAAAUUAGUGAGAAUCCUGAAAAAAUUAUAAAAUAAAAUCCAGUUUAGGAGUCAAGAGAAGAUAAAUAAUUUAUUUAGGAUGGCGUUGAAAAUAAAGAACCAGUAGUUUAAUAUAAUUAGGAGUAGGAAGAAAAGGACAAAGAAAAAGUAGAUUAAGAAGAAGGAGAGUAACAAUUAGAGUAAGUGAGUGAUUAAGAUAAAGAGUAAGAAGGAGAUUAAGAUAAAGAGGAAAAAGGAGAUUAAGAUAAAGAGUAAGAAGGUGAUUAAGAUAAAGAGUAAAAAGGAGAUUAAGGUAAGGAGUAAAAAGGAGAUUAAGAUAAAGAGUAAGAAGGUGAUUAAGAUAAAGAGUAAAAAGGAGAUUAAGGUAAGGAGUAAAAAGGAGAUUAAGAUAAAAAGUAAGAGGGUGAUUAAGAUAAUGAGUAAAUAGGAGAGUAAAAUGAAGAGUAAAUUUAACUCAAAGAGAAUUAAGAAGAAUAACAAUUGAUCAAUUAAAAUGAUGGAUUAGAAAAAUAGCAAAAAGAUAAUGUAUUUGAAAAUCAAAGUUAAGAAACAGAACAGGUUAUGUAAAAAUAAAUUGAAAAUUUUGAUUUUACUGAAUGA